CUCUGUGUAAAGUAUACGGCUUUGGGUCUAAAGGUUUAAGCUUUGAGAUAGGGUUGGUACUAAACGACCGCGUUUUGGUUGGCCAAAAAUGAUUAAUGACGUAAUAAAGAAUCGAUUUUUAUAAGGACAAGAGUGAGACAGAGAGGAGGAGAGAGAUGGAGUCACCGUUUAAGGCAGAUGCGUUGAGAGGGAAGGUGGCGUUGAUAACCGGAGGCGGGUCGGGUAUCGGGUUCGAGAUUUCGACCCAGUUCGGGAAACAUGGUGGGAGUGUGGCUAUUAUGGGGAGGAGGAAGCAAGUGUUGGACUCUGCUGUGGCUGCUCUUAAGGGUUUUGGAAUUGCGGCUAUUGGCUUCGAGGGGGAUGUGCGUAAACAGGAAGAUGCAAAAAGAGUGGUGGAAUCGACUUUCCAGCAUUUUGGUAGGCUUGACAUACUUGUGAAUUCGGCAGCAGGAAAUUUUCUUGCAUCAGCAGAAGAUCUAUCCCCUAAUGGAUUUCGAACAGUUUUGGAUAUUGAUUCUGUUGGUACAUUCACAAUGUGCUACGAAGCACUCAAGUAUCUUAAAAAAGGAGGACCAGGAAGGAGCUCAUCUAGUGGCGGAACAAUAUUGAACAUCAGUGCAACUUUACAUUAUUCCGCUUCUUGGUAUCAAGUUCAUGUGUCUGCAGCCAAGGCAGCUGUCGAUGCCACUAUGCGAAACUUGGCAUUGGAGUGGGGAACUGACUAUGAUAUCAGAGUCAAUGGAAUUGCUCCGGGUCCUAUUGGUGAUACGCCUGGCAUGAGUAAACUUGCACCUAAGGAGAUAGGUAGCAAAGCUAGAGAGUACAUGCCUUUGUAUAAACUAGGUGACAAAUGGGAUAUCGCUAUGGCUGCUCUAUACCUUUCAUCAGAUGCAGGGAAAUUUAUCAAUGGAGCUAUCAUCGUUGUUGAUGGAGGACUUUGGCUGAGCCGGCCUCGCCAUCUGCCAAAAGAUGCUGUGAAGCAGCUUUCCCGCACAGUAGAGAAGAGAUCUAGAAAUGCACCAGUAGGGGUUCCAAGCAGCAAGCUGUAAGUAGAACAAACACUCCGCCAUUGUUUACAGUUAUUAGUCAAAGACUCAUAUUCCAACAGAUGAAUGAGAAUCCAUCUCCUUCCAUUGUUGAACAAUAGUUGGAUAUGUGAAAUUGGGCGCCAACAGAUUAAAACAUUCAUAAUAGUGUUCCUUGUCUACUGCUGUUGUGACCAGAAGUAGUGUAAUUAUCAGUUUAUCACAGGUGUGGAAUAAUUAUUGUUAGUCCAUUGUGACCAUUUGUAAAACAUUUCUGUUUUUAUGUUUAAUGUAGAAAGUCAUGAAGUUUAUAAUGACAGUAGUACUGAUUUCUCCUGUCAUCUAUUUAAAGUGGCUCAAACCAGUUAUAUUGGAUC